GACAGAAUAGAACUCUGAACAGUCAGUCCGUGACACAUUGUGCUUGAGUGAGAUAUAGAAAGAGCUCGACAGCGAAAGAAAUAGAUGGUGUAUACGGCAACAAUUUGCUGUUGAGACUGUCAUGCUGAUGGACGAUGAGUCGAGUCUUCGACUGCAAGACAAGCACUGUCUGUAAAACAAAUGUAAGAUUGAUAGAUAUACUGCUUAUGAAGGGGCGGAGGGCUAUAAGGCUUGCACACUCGUUACAUGAACCUUGUUGGGGGAUACUCCUCGGGUGUAGCGUCCGAUGCUAUUUGAAUCAUCAACCCAUGUGUAGCAUCGCUUGGCCAAUGGAUCACAUUCGUGUACUUUUGGAAGAAGGCCAUUUCGACCUCAUCAUACUGAUCGGGGGCUUGAGUCAACUCAGAUGGUCUGGCAAAACCACGACCCAUACAUUCGGCUGCAAAGGCGUCAAAUUUCUCGUAAUGAACCUGAAUUUGAUCAAAAUACCUCAUCUUGGCCGCAUCUUCCAUUUCGGCGCCAGAGAAUGCGUUCAAAUGGUAAGGGUCAAUGCCCGACGGGGCAGUGCUCCGAAUCCACCCGUCAGUUUGAAAUUGAUCAGCGAAUUGUUUGGGUUUGCAGCGCACCUGAUCAUCAAGGAAAUGCUCUAUCAAGACGCCAAUCUCGCUCUUGCACAUCUUUAGGUAGAGAUGGACAUCGGGUUUGGUGUAAUCAGGCGGAUCACGGUCCUUCGGAUUGACGCGGUCGAGACUCCGGUAAAAUGGUUCUUCUUCAGGCAUGGUGAUCCCGCCUAUUCUGUGACAGUGAUACCCGCCAGCCGAGGUGGAACAUUCUGACUGGAUCGUUGGCU